AUGGCGACAGAAAAGCCUGUCGCUGUAGUGUGUGUGGGCAUGGCUGACCAAAUCAUCAACAUACUUGAGAAACGCACUGCUCCGAACACUGAAAACCCUCGAGCAAAGCCUAUCCGAAACAUCAUUGUUGACACACCAGGUCAGAUCGAGGUCUUCGUCUGGAGUGCCUCUGGUAGUAUUUUGCUGGAAUCGCUCGCGUCCUCAUUUCCUACUGUCAUCGCUUACAUUAUUGAUACUCCUCGGACAAGCUCUACCAGCACGUUCAUGAGCAAUAUGCUCUACGCUUGUAGUAUUCUGUAUAAAACAAAAUUGCCGAUGAUACUUGUUUUCAACAAGACUGACGUCAAGGAUGCAGAAUUUGCGAAGGAAUGGAUGACUGAUUUUGAAGCCUUUCAGGCUGCGCUGAGGAACGAGGAAGCCAGCCAAAGUGGUGGCGGCAGCGGUUACAUGAGCUCAUUGCUCAAUAGUAUGAGCUUGAUGCUUGAAGAAUUCUAUCGUCAUCUUGAUGUCGUAGGCGUUAGUUCCAUGACGGGCGAUGGAGUGACGGAGUUCUUCGAAGCUGUGCAGAAGAAGGCCAAAGAAUUCCAAAGAGACUAUCAACCUGAACUCGAAAAACGGCGAGCACAGAACAAGGAAGAAAAGGAUGGAAAAAGGGAGAAGGAGUUGGGCAAACUCAUGAAAGAUAUGAAUGUUGUGGAUUCGGUCUCACAAAAGGGGCCUGCAAUACCUGUUCAGCGACAUCACGCUGACACACUAAGUGACUUAGAAAGCUCGUCGGAUUCAAAGAGUGAAAUGGCGGAGCCAGAAGGUGACGGGGAUGGUCAUGGUGGCUUGGUCAACAGAUAUAAGCAAGCUCUCUCUGAAGACAAGGCGGACGGUGGAGAAGACAGUGAACAUAGUUUCUCACGGUAUCUGAAAAGGAGCCAGAUCGGCUGA